AGGGAACGACGAGUCUGCGAGAUAUUCUCUCUAGACACCCGUUGGUAUUUGUGCUGCUGCAGGUGGAUCAACAAAAACCACUGUCCUUUUCAUUUACCUUUUUUUAUAAUCCCACUUUCUAAUAUUGGUCGGAGAAGUUAUGACAUCACUAGUUAAUAGUAUGUUUCUAAUAAAGUCUAUGAACUAUAAAUGCAAUCAUUAAAACCAACCCAACAAGUAACAACUCACAAUUUUAAAAAAUGGACUAGCCAGUAGCCAGUAGCCACUAGCCACUAGCACUUUGUUUCUCCUUCAACUGCUGGUUUUGUCUACACUGAAAAUUUCAUAUAAACUAAGGAUACCAUACAACCCAACUUUUGUAUUUUACACCCCACCCAGAGAAUCAAGGACACCACUAUUCAGCAUGGGAAGCCUUUCGUUGGAAGCCUCCAAUUUGCAAAGGGGUGGUGAUGGUGGAGCUGGAAACAGUCCUACACUUGUAUGCACUCCACUUCUUGGAACCACAAUCACUGAUAUGUUGAAUGAGAUGCGAAUGGCCAAGGAAAUUGGCGCUGACCUUGUUGAGAUCCGUCUUGAUUAUGUGAGAAGCUUCAAUCCAAGACCCCAUCUUGAAACUCUCAUAAAGCAGAGUCCUUUACCCACAAUUGUCACUUACAGACCAAUGUGGGAAGGUGGUCGGUAUGAAGGGGAUGAAAGCAAGAGACAGGAUGCGCUUCGUCUAGCAAUGGAAUUAGGAGCUGAUUAUGUUGAUAUUGAACUUCAGGUUGCUAAUGACUUCAACAGUUCCAUAUACGGAAAGAAGCCCGAUAAUUUCAAGGUAAUAGUUUCUUCACAUAAUUUUCACAAUACUCCAACAUCUGAGGUCAUUGGCAAUCUGGUAGCAAGGAUACAAACUACUGGAGCGGACAUUGUGAAGAUAGUGACCACUGCAAUGGACAUUACAGAUUGUGCACGCAUUUUCCAAAUUACUGUACAUUCUCAGGUUCCAACCAUAGGAAUUGUAAUGGGCGAGAGAGGUUUAAUUUCGCGGUUACUUAGCCCCAAAUUUGGUGGUUAUCUCACCUAUGGUGCACUGGAGCUGGAUGCUAUUUCUGCUCCUGGACAAACACCAGUAAAAGAUAUGCUAGAACUGUACAAUUUUAGGCUUAUAAGACCUGAUACUAAGGUGUAUGGAAUUAUAGGAAAGCCAGUGGGUCACAGCAAGAGUCCUCUUUUGUUCAAUGCAGCCUUCAAGUCAGUUGGGCUGAAUGCCGUUUAUAUGCACUUUUUGGUGGACGAUGUGGAGAAGUUUUUCAAUACUUACUCAUCCCCUGACUUUGCCUCUGGAUGCAGUUGCACAAUUCCUCACAAGGAGGUUGCACUUAAAUGCAUGGAUGAAGUUGAUCCUAUUGCCAAGAAAAUUGGAGCUAUCAAUAACAUUGUCAGGAGACCCGAUGGAAAGUUAAUAGCAUUUAAUACUGAUUACAUAGGGGCUAUCACUGCCAUUGAGGAUGGUUUACGAGAUUUGUUUGGCGAAGAACCAGUUGUUGGAUCCCCUUUGGCUGGAAAACUGUUUGUUGUGCUUGGAGCUGGUGGUGCUGGAAAAUCACUUGCUUAUGGUGCUGCACAGAAAGGGGCAAGAGUUGUAGUUGCUAACCGCACGUUUGAACGUGCUAAAGAAUUGGCUGACAAAGUUGGUGGAAAAGCCAUGACUCUAAAUGAAGUGGAAAAUUUCCACCCAGAAGAAGGGAUGGUGCUUGCAAAUACAACAUCUCUGGGAAUGAAGCCUCACAUUGAUCAGACCCCAAUACCGAAGCACGCUUUAAAGCAUUAUUGCUUGGUGUUUGAUGCCAUUUACACACCAAAAGACACGAGGCUCUUGCGUGAUGCAAAAGAAAGUGGAGCUACUAUUGUCUACGGGACAGAGAUGUUAAUUCGCCAAGGCUUUGAGCAAUACAAAAACUUCACUGGCUUACCUGCACCUGAAGAUUUGUUUAGACAACUGAUGGAGAAGCAUGCAUAAUUGCAAAUUUGCUUCGACACUUGCACCAUAUGCAAUGAUAUUUGAAGGCAGAAGGUUAAUUAAAAUGUGUGUUGGUGCUCUAUGUACUUUUCUUCCCAUCUUUGUUUAAUGCGAAGACCUUUUAGUUUAUGGCAUCCCAUAAGAAAACUUUUUUUAUUUUUACCCUUUCAUUAGCCUUUUUUAUGGCUGAAGUUUCAUGAUAAUGCAAUACAAUUGCACGAAUCUGCGCUU